AUGUGGCCUUAUUGGUUUUAUGUUGUAGCUUUAGUAGUUGUAGGAAUAACACAUUGGGUUUAUAGAUGGAAAAACCCAAAAUGUAACGGGAAAUUGCCUCCUGGCUCCAUGGGUUUCCCUCUUAUAGGGGAGACUAUUGAGUUUCUCAGGACAAGUAAAUCACUAGACGUCUCCCCUUUCAUGAAGAAGAGAAUGAAAAAAUAUGGGUCACUAUUCAAGACCAAUUUGGCAGGACGGCCAGUUGUGGUAUCAUCAAAUCCUGACUUCAGCUAUUUUCUUCUUCAACAAGAAGGGAAGUUAGUGGAAAGAUGGUACUUGGAUUCGUUCGCAAAGCUUCUUCGCCAAGAUGUUACAUCGAUUAUUUCAGUACAUUACAUACACAAGUAUCUAAGAAACUUGAUUCUCAGUCACUUUGGCUCUGAGAGACUCAAAGCCGACCUGUUGCCUGGGUUAGAAAAUGCUAUAAGUGGAAGCUUGCAGGAUUGGUCUGAGCUGCCGAGAGUGGAAGUGAAAAGUGUCAUUUCAAAUAUGAUCUUUGAUUUCACUGCAAGAAGGUUAUUUGGUUAUGAAGUUGCAAAAUCAUCAGAAAAAGAUUUAGCCCAGAGUUUCACCAAUUUCUUAGAAGGACUUAUGAAAUUUCCUCUGAAUGUUCCAGGCACAUCAUUUUACAAGUGCAAGAAGAACCAGAAGAGGAUAUUAAAACUAAUAGCUGAUGAGCUAGGAAAAAGACGGGAAUCCCCGAAGAAGCAGAAAGAAGAUAUGCUUGAUCAGAUCGUAGAGGACAUGAAAAAGGAGACAUUCUGGACAGAUGAUUUUGCCAUUUAUGUGAUGUUUGGGAUCCUCCUUGCCAGCUUCGAGACUAUAUCGUCUACUCUUGCUGUAUGCAUUAAUUUUCUUACAGAUAACCCUUCUAUGGUGCAGAAACUAACGGAGGAGCAUGAGGAACUUGUCAAGAACCGUGAGAAUAAAAAUUCUGGACUUUCUUGGGAAGAAUACAAGUCCAUGACCUACACUCAUCAUGUUGUCAAGGAAUCACUCAGGCUGGCAAGUGUUGCUCCUGGAAUCUUGAGAAGAGCAUUAAAAGACAUUGAAGUUGACGGAUAUACAAUUCCAAAAGGCUGGGCUAUCUUAGUUGUUCCAGCAGCUGUGCAGCUGAAUCCUAACACCUACGAGGAUCCGCUUGCCUUUAACCCAUCUCGAUGGGAGAACAUGGGAGAGGUAGCAACGGCCAAGAACUUCAUUGCAUUUGGAGGAGGAUCAAGAUCUUGUACGGGAGCUGAGUUUAGCAAGGUUCUGAUGGCUGUGUUUUUGCAUGUCUUUGUCACCAAAUACAGGCUGACCAAAAUCAAGGGAGGAGAGAUGAUUCGGUGCCCAGUUUUAGCAUUUGGUGAUGGUUUACAUGUUCAAGUUACAGCAAAGCUUGAAUAAUAUAUAUAUUCGAAAUAAAAAUGAAAGUGAUGAAGUUAAAUUGGUUGUAAUG